AUGGUCGAAAUAGUUGAAGAUACAGAUGCCGUGAAGGGAGACCAGAGCCGCAUCGACACAUCGCCAUUUUGUAAAGAGCUGGGGCAGUGCCCUGAAGAGACUCUAGGAGACUCGAAGGAGGUGGCAAGUUCUCCUGGACCACUGCGAGAGGAUGCUCGCUGGCGCUGGCCAUACCCUGAAGCACAUUCAGUGGCAGGGUUAACGGACCAGAUCCCUGAGGGGGCCGGGGCAGGGCGGACACCAGAUACUGCGGCUUCUGCUGAGAAACACUGUCUGAAGCUCGGUGGACACUUGGUCUCAAUACACAACAGAAAUGAACAAGAACUGGUCAGGGCCCUUAUUCGUGCUCAUGACUAUAGUGAGAAUCUGUCAUGGAUCGGUCUCUCUAACUGUGAGAAGAAAAGGAGCUUCUUUUGGUCUGAUGGCACUAAAUAUGAUUACGCCCCAUGGGCUCCAAAUGAACCCAAUUUUCAAUGGGAUGAGUGCUGCGUGCAUAUGAACUACGGUGACAGAAAGGGAUGGAAUGACUAUCCGUGUGACAGGAUCCAACCCUUUGUUUGUGCCAAGAGCAGUGCCUGAAAUUCUCUGAUCC